AUGGACAUCGAUCAACCUGUCGCAGGCUCAGGAGACACUCGGCCGGCCAUCGACGAGUCUUCUGCUGUGGAUCCAUCCGCUCCGCCAGUGGAAGGAGCCGUCGAUACUUCACUCAAACAACCCUUUGCCGUCACAAGAGAUUUUGACACUUCCGAGGGUGCUCAACCAAGCAUCGAUGAUAUCCUUGCCAAUACCGUUGGCGCUCCUAUGGAUGUCGAUGAUUCGAAUACGAAUCCUACAGACGUCGCUGCCAGUCUCGAUCUUCUUCCCUCUUCAUCCGUUCCCUCAGCAGACUCAGCUGUGGACCCUGCUUUGGGGCUUCCACCACCGGAUGGACCAAAAUCUCUGGUGGAGCCCGUCGACUCUUCGUCGGCGCCUUUAAGUUCUGCCGAGAUGGAUACGUUGCUGCAAGCGCCUGUCGCGAUUGAUGCAGAGCAAUCCACCACGAAGGAAGCCGCGCCAAUGCCAUCGGCCGACUCACAAGACCAAACGACUGCCGAUAUACCAGCAGCAAUGACAGAUAUCCCGGAGAGCGUGCCUGUUUCAGGAGUCGGCUCGCUGCAGACAUCUUUGAUCGGAUCCAGUGCGAGUGCCGUGGCUGCUGCUACUGCCGCACUUUCGAGUGGCACCUCGUCAGGCCUGCCCAGCACCGCACCUGGCGGCGAACCCUCGCAAGAGGUAGACGAUAACGCAAACGCUGCACUGGCGAGCAAAACAACCACCACCGAAGCUGCUAUUGCACCCUCGCAAUCACCAGUGGACGUGACUACUCCCACUGUCGAGCCGAAGACGGACGCCUCAAAGCCCGACAAGAGUGUUCCAGCUGCACCUUCCGAAGACGAGCCUGCAUCAGAACGCAUUUCAUCCUUACCUAUCGCCGAGCGACUUCCUCUGAUGGAUGGCGCUUUCGGUCCCGAUAAGACCGUGUCGCCGGGCGAGUCGGACAGCUUCGGCCAAGCACGAUCGCUCUCUUCGCACGCCGUUCCUGCCGCAACAGAGCAGACCUUACAGACGCAACCGCAAGCGGAAGUUCAGGAGCCAGAGAAGCCUAGUGAGGCAGCCGGCGGCCAGCCUGAGUCAGACAUCACUGCUGCGCGCGUCGCUGCGGAGGCACCGAGGUUGCCAACGCCGCCUCUCACGGCUAGCUCUGAACGCGGACAGCAGGCUGAAGGAUUGAGCCACGAGCCACAGAUGCGAGCUACUUCGCCCGAGUCAGAGGCGGCGUCACAAGCUCAGCGGGCAGGCGAAGGAGGACGCGCAGCUACUGCUCAGCCUGCGAAGGUCUUGUCUCCGACCGAGUCGUCGCAAGGACAAAGACCGUCCGGUUCCAGAGCCAACAGCACGUCUGCUACAGCUUCCGUGCCUGCAGGCACUGCGACAGGCUCGACGCUAGUGGUGCCAAAGGCACCUUCAGGCCGCAUCACUCGCUCACAAUCGCCGCGAACGCCGCUCACCGCCCUGCCUGAGGUGCAAGACGCUCGCGUCGAAUCGGCACACAAUGGAGAAGACGGCAUCCAGGAUGGUGCUAUUCAGGCAUCCACGAAUGCAACAGGUAAAGGUGCGAACCCAGUUGCAGAAGGCCAUUCAGACGGCGAUCGUCUUGAUAUGCCCUUUGAGAGGGCGAGAACAGCGAUAGGCCAAGAGCCCGGUCCAAAUGGCACGUAUGUACCAGAUGAUAGACGCGUCGCUGCCGGACCCUCGAAGCCCUUACCAUCUGGGUCACCGACCCAAUCAAAGGCAGAGCACAAUUCUAGUACCCCGUCGACCUCCACAGAAGCUGUCGAAUCACGGUUCACGAGACCAGAUCGACCACUGUCUCCUCCACCUCCCCAACAAGCGCAGCGUUUGCAGCAGCCUGUGGCUGCCAGUCAGGCCCAUGCACGAUCCGCUUCGCGCCCGCCAAUGAAACAAAGCUCUGUUGGAGCACUGCCAAAUCCACCGAUGGGGUCAGGAAAUGGCCCGCCUCAGAAUCAGGCUCCCACCGUGGACCAAGUGCGCGCUGCAGGGCUGGAAAGAGAGCGAAUCGAACGUGCGGAGCGCGAGAGGAGAGACCAAGAGGCGCAGGAUAGACAAAGAAGAGAGAGAGAUGAAGUUGCGGCACAGGAAAACGAGGAUAGACUGAUUUGGCUGUGAGUACCGUCCCCAAGCCUCGGGCGGCCCUUGACUUGCUGCGAUGCUCAUUCGCUCCGCUUUUGUCGUAGGUCCCUGCCAUCGAAUGAUCAUCCGACAUACUAUUCCGAUACUUCGGAGGCGUCGUCCUCUCGAUUGUCUUCGCCAGAGCUCAGCCAGCAUCCUCUGCCCUAUUCCGCGAAAGGUCUAGCUCCGUGGCUAGGCCCGCAGGUGCCCUACUCGUCUGCUAUUGACGCCUCGCGAGUGGCCAAAAGACCGCGCCACGCUCCUCGGACUAACGGCGUUCAUGAUGAUGAGGCAAGCGAGUCGGGCGUGCUGGACGAUGACGGUCUGGAAGAGUACCAUCCAGCUUCGCACGACCCGGAAGCUUUCCAGGGUCGACUGAAUAGCACGGGCAAUCGAGGCAACAAGCUCAAGCGAAGAGAUGGCGUGAGGUGGAUUCGGCGUGGAAAGCUUGGAGGCUGGACCGAAGCGCGGGGGGAGAAAGAGGUAAGUACAAUUCAUAACCCAAUGGACGACGACGGCGGCAUUGGUGGCGAGAGCGCUUGCUAAUUAGACGUCUCCGGCCUUGGGAUCUUGCAGGUCAACGAUAGGGUGCGACUGAGGAUGGCUGCUCUGCAGCGAGCUGGCAUUCAAUCUCUAUUGAAAGCAGCACCUUAUCCUCACCUGUCAUUGCCCGUUCCUUCAGCCGAGGAGCGCCUCGAUGCUGCACUUAGACGGGGCCAUCUUGACCAUGGAGGAGCUUUGAAGCCCGAGCUGCUCACGUCUACUGCUCUUGCACCUACACUGCUGCGGCCCAUCAGCACGCCUCGCGCUCUGCUGUCAAGUCACACUUUGCGGCACACUUUCAGAAACCCACAUAUCGCAGCGCUUAGCAAGACGGCGCUUGAUCUCAGGGAAAGCGAAGGGACUCUCGGUCGGGCGCUCGGGAGAUGCUUUGCCGACAUGGAACGCUCCGUUCUCCCAGACAGUACUAGGCCGUCAGACAUGCCACUUGACAGCUUACAGAUGCUCCCCUACAACCCACCCUUCAUCUACGUGGACAUUAGAGGCGGCCCAUUCACUCAUCGCGCCAUCGAUGCGGACGCUAUUGGAGCGGACGGCACCAAUUUGACUGCGGAUGAGCUCAAUCCCAGUUUCGAAAGGCUCGACCCUCUCUUCGUCACACCAAAUGGACUUCCAAUUCCUCUAGGAUCAGAUCCCAACACUAUCCAGCCGAAUGGGGUGCCGCACGAGGACAAUGAUCAGUCCGGCCUUCCGCCACCUGCUCAAGCUGUUCUGAGCCCAGUCCAGCAAAGGGAUGUGGUACGUGCCGCUCUCGACUGCUUGCACGAGCUGGCUACCGAUAGCAGAGAGUACGUCGAGAGGCUGGACGAGGUGAGAGCUCGACUUGCUGCUGUUAAGCGCGAACGAACCCGAGUCUGGCAAGCAUUGCGGCGUUGGGCUUUGGACAAGGAAGAAGAAACGAUUGCGGCCGAUGAGGCAACCGCGAACGACGCUAUUGGAGCUGGGGAGAAGCAUUCAUCAACCCUCAAUGGACAUGCUUCAAACCAGGUCUCGUCUACAAGAGGCAACCAGCGAGCGGCAGCCAAGGACAAGUCUACUUCAUCUGCAGCAAAUGCUAGUGGCACUACGAGAAAGAAGGCGAGGACCGCUGCUUCUUGA